UCCCUAGGCAAACAGCUGACUUGUGAGUAAGACCGUUGACGUUUCCCAUGACAAUACCCAUCUUCAGUCCGUCACUCACAACAAAUUACACGAAAAGUAGAACAGCCAACGGGAAAAUGAUAAAUAGAACUCAAUAAUUCGCACCAUCGCCUACAAGGAUCGUCGCUCAAGUUGCAAAAAUGCUUACCACGCCACAUCGCCCCCCUCGACUGUGAUCAUCUACACGCAAUGGCCACGCUCCCCUUCGUCGCUGCAGAGGAGGCAGUGGCGUCAGCAGCGGAGCCCCAACUGCGAAGUAUCCGCCUGGAGAAGCAGCAACACCAGCUGGCCAGAAACUCCCUGCUGGCGGAGCUGCGGAGGGCCACCAACUUCUGGUUCCGGGCCAAAUCGACGGACGGACAACAGCUGCUGACCCAAAGCUGCACCCGCGUCCUCAGGCACGGAAUGGUGAGCGAGUGAGAGCGAGACGGGGAGUGGGGGACUCUGAUCCCGACACUGAUAAUCAAGAAAUACCCUGGAAGUCUUAGUCAGCAAUGGCUAGCAAUGAUAUGUUUGGGUUACUGCGAGGAAGUUAUGAAAUCGGACUAAAUUAUACAACAGAAUUAUGAUAAAAUUUGUUUGGAACUGAUGGGAGGAAGCCAGAAUACCCUGGAGUUGGAGCCUGUGGAGCUGCAGCGUCUGUCGGAUGACUUUGAGUUCCUGCUGGCGAGUGCCGGACAACAAGCCGAGACCAGGCUCCAGGGGAACCCCACUCCCAACCAUAACACCAGUGCUGAUGCGGUGGAGGCCUUCUUGAUGGAGUGGACGGAGCGCAGCCUGCGCGGCCAUUGCCUGUCGCAGUGCCUCCAAACCCUGGUGGCCGACCCGGAGCUGAUGGACUUCUACUAUCCCACGGAGGAGGCUUUCUUGCGUCACUCGGGCGAGGCGACGUCGCUGUUUGUGUGUCUCACGGCGGUGCAGCUGAACCAAAGCGGCCUGCUGGGCCAGCUGGAGGUCAGGUGUCAGAUGCGCCACCGACGCACCUGCUCGCAGCCGAACUUUAGUAUUUCGCCCAAGCUGCAAGCCGUGCCGGAGGAGAUAACCCAGAAGAGGAACUACCUGAGGCGCCUGAAAAGCCUGCCGAAUCUCAGCCAGGAGCAGGCAAGGGACCCUGACCUGGAGAGAUUGUCCAACAGACGCCGCUGCCAGACGUUCAGCAGUCCGCGUAGCCAGUUCUUGGACGUCCCAUCGCCCAGCUCCUGCUCUUCCGGCGGCAGCCCCAAGCGGAUUCAGCUGAUCAACUGUGAUGACAUUAAGAUCUGGACGGACCAAACGCUGACGGAGUCCCCGCCGGAAAGGGAGGAAAAGAAGCCGGUGGACCAGCCCCGCGGAUCCUCCUCCCCAUUUGGCAGUUUCUUAGGCAGCUUCUUUGCCUCCCCGCCCGUCUAUACCAGUUGGUUCCAGCGGGGCUUGGGCGAGGACCUGAACGCCAGUGGGGGCGACGGCGACGGUAUAUUGGACAACUUCCUGCCGGUUAAUGGCAGGAAACUGAAGAAACACCAAACCCUCUUCGAGGGUGUCAGCAUGCUGGACGAGGCCACCACCUCUGCCACUUGUUACUCCACCUGCAGCGCGGCCUCCGCCGCUGCCUCCGCCGCUUCCACAGCGCCCUGGGACAUACAAAGACCAGAAGGCAGCACCACCACUGCCACCAGCUCAACCACAGCCUCCAGUUCAGUGAGCAUUACGCCGAGCAGCGACAAAAUGGACCAGCAGUCGCUGGCAUCCUUCCUGCAGAUGUCCCGUCAAACGCACAAUAACACGCAGUUGGAAAAGGAGAACGCCCACUUCCGGAUCUCGGAGGCCUGCAUCGCGGCCAUCGAGCACGUGAAGUGGAGCCGCAAACUGUCAGCCAAGCCGGCCAGCCUCCAACCAAAUCGCACGGAGCCCAGUCUAAUGCCCUAUGUCCAGCCCAUUGCCGGUGACGUCGAGAACCAUAGCGCCGAGGCUGUUGGCCUACAAUUGAUUUCCCGCUUCAACGAGCAACAGCUGCCUAAGUUAGGCCACCUGAAGUGGCUGGUAUCCGAGCAGGAGGCGCCGCAGAAGCUGCUGCCCAUGCCGGCGCUACCGAAACUGGAUCAGGAUCAGCAGCCAGCUGCUGGCAGUCUGACCCGGGGUACUUCCAGCUGGGCCCCACCGCGUCAGCAGAUCAUAUUCACGGAACACCCGGUGGAGAGUCGCGCCAAGGUGCUGGAAAAGCAGAAUCAGCGCUGUGCCGGCUGCGGCAUGCGUGUGGCAAAGCAUCUGCAGCAGCACUAUCGCUAUUGCAACUAUCUGGGAAAAUAUCUCUGCACCGGCUGCCACCGGAACCAAAUAUCGGCCAUUCCCGCUAAGAUUCUACGCUCCUGGGACUUCCGCUGCUAUCCGGUGUGCUCGUUCGCCUACAAGCUCAUCGAGCAGAUGUACGGCUUUCCACUCUUCCAUGUUCCGGACCUGAACGAGCAGUUGUACAAGCAGAAGGAGCUGGCCAAGGCCAGAAGGAGGAGGGUCCAGCUUCAGGCCGUUAAGGGCUUCAUAUCGAAUUGUCGGUUCGCCGUGAGAGAGCAGGCCUUCUUCAAUGCCAUUCCAGAGCACAUAACCCAGGAUCCGGACAUGUGGUCCAUGUGCGAUUUUGUCGACGUGCAAAACAAAAGCAUGGGCCGGUCCAUAAAGGAGCUGGUCGUCCUCAGCGAACAUCAUGUCCAAAGUUGUGUGCUCUGUUCGGGUCGGGCUUUCGUCUGCGAGGAGUGCAAAAGUGAAGACCUCAUAUAUCCCUGGCAGAGGAAAGUUCAACGCUGCGAUAGGUGCGGAUCCUGCUUUCAUUACGGCUGCUGGAAGUACCGGACUCGGAGCCGGAAUGUACAGGGAUGCCCCCGGUGUGCCCGUCUACAGAAUCGGGCCAGCUAGCAGUUGCUGAAAACUCAACUCUUUACAAAUGGGAAACGGAAAAGACAGUUGCAAGUUUGGCGGGGCGAAUUGAUGUGCUUGGUUUUUCCGAUAACCCUCUUUGGACCUGCCUGGUCAGUCUUGCUCUCCGGCCAAUUUUGGUAGUUUACCAGUCCCACGGGUAGGAAUCGUUAAAAAAUCCGAACACAUCCCCAAACACACAAGUAUCGAAACUAUCUCGACAAAGAGUAAUUCGACCUAACAUUUCAUACAAAAAGUUCCUUUGAAAGCAAACAGAUAUUUAAUUUUCGUCACUACAAUCUAAAAUCAAUCAGGGGAUCAGUAGGGAAUAUUAAAAUAAGUCCAUAGACCGUUAGUUAGUCCAGUUAACUGAAGUAAAGGUGCUCUUAAUUUCCAUUGAACGCAUUAAUAUUAAAUUUAAUAUUAAUUUAUAUUAAUUAAUAUUAUUUGAUAUUUAAUUUAUUAAAUUAAUAUUAAAACUAAAAAGAAAGGAAAAUGGACUAAAGCACCGUAUAUUCUAUGAUCCUAUGAUUGUUUUAGAUGAAAGUUAAAAAAGUUAUUGUUCUGUUUUUAAGUUAAAAAAACGUUUAACGGUAACACGUCAACAGGUGUUUGAAAAGAUAAUUAGUGUUGAAUAACGCCUAAUUAUAAAGAUGAUAAUGAAUAAUGAAUAAUGGGAUUCGUGGCCCUGGGAUUGAUAAACUCUCAAAAUUCAUAGCCGAGGUCAGACCAUGAAGUUAUUUCGCAAUUUUAAAAUUAAAUUGAAUAAAGCAAAUCGGAAGUGUACUACUCUUGAAUAAAUCGCAGUGAAGGCCUUGGAACCACCAACAAUUUUGAAGAAAAAUGCAAUGGUGAAAUUAUACGAUCAAAAUUUCCAUUUCUUUUAAUUUGUGAUUUGUGAACCAAAACUGCACUAAUUUUCGCCCUGUACAGUUGUGAACGACGCACCCCAGUGAUGAUAUGUCUACAGAAUUAUUACGAAUAUUUAUACAUAUAUUUUUUUAUUGUAAAUAACCAUGUAAAUUACCAAAUCUGUUACGAAAAUCAAGUACCUCAACCGUGAGAUGAGUACCCAUGUUGAUUUUAUACAUAUAUAGCAACUAAAAAUACGGAUAUUUAUUGUAUGCCACAGUUAAAUUAUUAAAGAGUGUAUUUUUUAUCAUA